CAAUAUUAAGUGUUGUGAAGGUUCCAAAUGGCUAUGUUGGUAAUAUCUCACGUAACGUGUAAGUCAAGGAGAGGAUAAUAUCAGGAAUGAAGAGCCAUGAUUGUCAUAUUAUGAUGCAACAACUUCUUCCAGUCGCCUUGCGUAGUGUUUUGCCCAAGAAUGUUGGUAAAAUAUUGAUUGAGUUAUGUGAGUUCUUUCAGAAUUUAUGUAGUAAAGUUGGUUCGGAGGAGGAUUUCAAGAGGCUUGACCAAAGUGUUGUUGUCUUGAUGUGUAACCUCGAAAGGUAUUUUCCACCAGGAUUUUUUGAUGUUAUGGUGCAUUUGAUUGUUCAUUUAGCCCAAGAGGCAAGCUUGGCUGGUCUUGUACACUACCGUUGGAUGUAUCCAAUCGAAAGGUUCCUCAAGCAACUUAAAGACUAUGUUUGCAAUAGUAGUCGACAAAGGGCUCGAUAG